CUUCGAGGGCGAUCUGCGCAGCUACGGGGUCCUCAGGCUGCCCGAGCUGCUGAGGGAGCGCCAGCUGUCCCUCGGGCCCCUCAACAAGGUGUUCGCGUCGCAGUGGCUCAAUGCCAGGCAGGUGGUGUGUGGCACCAAGUGCAACACGCUCUUCGUGGUGGAUGUCAAGACCGACCACAUCAUGCGCAUUCCGCUGAUGCGCGACCGGGUGCCCGACCUGUCCCGCGGCCCGCCCUCCUGUGGCAUCCAUGCUGUGGAGCUGAAUCCCUCCAAGACCCUCAUGGCCACUGGAGGGGAAAACCCCAACAGUCUAGCUAUAUACCAGCUGCCCACGCUGGACCCCGUGUGCCUAGGAGAUUGCCAAGGCCACAGGGACUGGAUCUUCGCCAUCGGCUGCUGUCCCUGAGGCUGCCCUACUGCCGGGAGAACGUGUGUCUCACCUACUGUGAAGAGUUCUCCCUCUAUGCUGUGGGAUCCCAGUCUCAUGUUUCAUUCCUGGAUCUGCGCCAAGGCCAGCAAAACAUCCCACCACUGUGCUCCCGAGAGGGAGGCACUGGCGUGCGUUCUCUGAGUGUCCACCAGCACAUCAUCACCGUGGGCACAGGCCACGGGUCUCUGCUCUUCUAUGACAUCCGUGCCCAGAAGUUCCUUGAGGAGAGGUCUGCAACCGGUCCAGACUUCUUUCCUGCGCCCUCUGGAAGGAAGCUCAAGCUCACCUGUGGCAGCGGCUGGAUCAACCAGGAUGACCUCCUAGAGAAUUACGUUGCCGGUGUGGAGGAUUUCCCCAAUGCCCUCUACACUCACUGCUACAACUGGCCAGAGAUGAAGCUGUUCGUGGGUGGGGGCCCGCUGGCCUCAGGCCUCCACGGCAACUAUGCAGGCCUCUGGAGCUAAGGUGGAACCAGCCCUGAUAAACCAGUGUGCUUCUUAGCAGAGAGAGAGAGAGAAAUGGAGCUGUCAGAAGUCGCUUUGAGAAAUUUUCUGCACCUGUCCUCCCUUCUUUGGACUAUCCAUACAAAUACUUUCCACUAAUUCUUAGCUGUGUUGUCUUUGAGUGAGUGAUCCAUAUAGUCUUAACCGUGGAAGCAAACCCCCAUUAUGAUGUUAGAAUUGUGUAAGUGUUGUGUCGUUUUACUAGUAGCAGUUUUAAAGAUAAUGUUUUUAGUUUUCAUCACAUACGUGUGCUAUAUUAAGAACAUUUUCUAAUAAAUAGAGUUUAGACA